AUGGCCAAGCCCGCUCCGCGCCAAUCGGCUUCGCGACCCCUUGGGGACCUGCGCUAUUCCCUAUCUGGGUUGGGGCGAGCGCGGCGCCAAGAGAGGAUUAUGUCACCCGUCUUUCGUCUCAUGUCUUUCACCGAUCUUCCCUCGGCUCGAGUGCGCAUCUCCACCGUGGAUGAGGCCUGCUCCAGGAGAUGGAUUGCGGGGAAGACGUGCAGGGCCUUAAGCCGUGCCGAAAGAUAG